AUGAAUGAAUUGCUUGGUUGGUACGGCUAUGAGAGGUUGGAGCUACGAAGAUGGGCUGCCUCUAGAGCCAGGGACAGUCUUGAACAAGAACAGAAAGGAAAAGCAGAUGAAUGCUCGUGGUGCAACAAGAGUGUGACCAGUGAGAGCGGCGCCUUACAGCAGGCUGGGGCGUUGUUUUGUUCAGAACUCUGCUUCAGUCAAUCACGACGAGCUAACUUCAAACGAGCAAAGACAUGUGACUGGUGCCGUCACGUUAGACACACCGUCGCUUAUGUGGAUUUCCAGGACGGAGCCACUCAACUACAGUUCUGUUCAGAUAAAUGUCUGAAUCAAUACAAGAUGCACAUCUUCUGUCGUGAGACACAGGCACAUCUGGAUCUGAACCCGCACUUAGUGAACGCCGCGUCCUCCUCCAACCUCAUCACACCAGAACUAUGGCUCAAGAACUGCAGGAGCAGAUCGAUAUCACCAACAUCAGAAGGAUCUGGAACAACCAAUGAGAAAAACGAUGACACAAGCCAAAGAAAAUCACCACUCCCACUCAUAACUAUAGCGCCACCAGCUAAACUAAUGAAUCCGAAACAACAAGAAGAUAGACCGGUACAGAAAUCCCCAGAGACAAAGAAAGAUUUGAGGACUAAAAUGAAUUUACGCAAACGUAGGACGUCGAAAUGCUCGACGGUGACGUCGCAAACUGUAAGACAAAGAAGUAUGACGCCAAAAACUCAAGAGUUCAGGAUGCUGAGUCCGUCAAUGGAUGGAUCAUCGCCAGGGUCUUGUGUCACGAGCAACAACCCUAUACAUUCACCACCACAUAUGACCCAACCAAUCCCACCACCGUUUCCGAAUCCAAUAUUCGGAAUGCCACCACCGGUUUUCAUGGACAAUCACAUGAAUGACCACAGAAAUCCAAAUCCAAUGUUUCAACCGAGACUCAAUUUCAUACCACCGCCUGGUUUACACCAAGAGAGACCGAGAUUAUUCCCACCGUUAAAUUUCCAUCAACCAAUAAACCAAGCUCCGCCAGUGACGGUGCUCGUUCCAUACCCCGUCGUUAUACCCGUUCCAAUACCCAUCCCAAUACCUCUACCUUUGAGCUCAUUCAUUCAAGCUCACUGUACUAACAAAGUCAAAACAGAAGCAAACAAUGAUGACGCUGAAGGACCGUUAGAUUUCACAAUGAACCCCGCCAAGAAGAACGAAUGCAAUAACAAAUCAGACAAUCACGAACAGAACGAUCCUGUGACAGAAAAAGCUAGUCAAAUAAAUAAUCAUAACGAAAGAGUGGACGAUGACUCACAAAAUAAUACAGAGACAAACCCCGAACAGACGUUGCCUAAAUUCAAAAUAACGCGCCUGGGCAACAAAAUGGCGAAAAUAGUAUCAAAAACGAAAGAAAACGCUGAGUCCUCAAGACCUUUAAGAAAAAGACGGAGACUCGUCGAAGUUGCUACCGACGAAGAAACACUCAUUCCUAAAACAAGGAAGAUCGUACAAGUUUAA